AAGUUUAGAAGGCAGGCAAGCUCAGAAGUUCCUUGAAUAAGCUAUAUUCCUACCACCUCAUUUUCCCCCUGUCAGAGGCAUCUGAGCCCCACACAGGAACCAGGCUCACAUUGUUCAAUAGUCACGGACGUUUCCACAGUAGCUGGGAGGGCCGAAAGCUCUUUCCGCUCUUUGUUACAAAUUUUUUUUUUUAUUUUUUCCUUCCUUCUUCCAACUUUCCAGUUAAAGAAUAUUGCCGGGGCAUUUCUGAAGCAAUUCAGGCUGAGCUUCAGAGAAAAGAACAAGAGACAGGUGUAAGUGGGGGGAAGAAGCCCAGGAUGCUCGUGAAGUUUUUGCUGGUCUGUAGCACAGUAGGACUGGCAAAGCUGGUGGAACACGGAGACCAUCAUGGAGAUCGUGAUGGUUCCGUGCACAGCUUAAAGCCACGAGUUCAUGAGAGCUCUGCACACCCCCAGAGAACUCCUCUGCCACGCCAAGAAGGUUACUGGGAGGCAGAAGGGCUCAGGGAGGAUGCUCAAGAUUACCCUUCAAGUGUGAUCUCCUCACAUCAAGAAGAGAGAGGGGAUUUGGAAGCUGCGAGCCCACAGCCCCGAAAUGGGAAUUGGUGUUCCUUCACGCAGUCCCGCCUGGUCACAUACAUAGAAGCCUGCAUGAAGGAGAAGUACAUUGUCAACUCCCAACAGCCCUGCCCAAAUGGAGACCCAGACUGCCAGAAGAUCAUGUACAGGACAGCUCUGAAGCCAGUCUACCAAGUGAAACAGAAGACUUUGAAGUCUUUGCAGUGGAAAUGCUGCCCUGGAUUUAUUGGCAAGGACUGUGAACAGCGUGAUCCUAAUUUUAUACUGGUGCCAGGAACUGAAACUGAAGGACGAGAAGAAGAGUUCUCAAACCACAUGUCAACAUCAGUGGAUUCAAGAGAAAUGUUCGAAGUCAUUCAAAAUCAUGAGGCUUUACUGGAUGAUCUUCAAAGUGAUAUUCAUCAAGCAGCCAGCACCUUAGGUGACUUACAGAGACUAUUUGAGAACAACGGUACAAGCAUGGUGUUAGAAGUGAACAAGAGCAAUUCAGAUCAUCAGGAAAGGUUUCUGCAGCAAGUUUUGUUUCCUCAUGUGGAGAAUUUUCUAAGGAAACAUUUUAACCCAAUGUGGGCAAGCUUCAACAAAAGUUUACAGAACCUCUCCAACAUAGUAAGAAAUCUGUCCCAUGAUGUGGAAGCCAACAAGAAAAGCAUAGAACGAUUCCAAGAAAGCACUGUGCCCAAGAAGGAAUUCCAGGAGCUGGGAACUAAAUUUGAAUCAAAAGUCCAAGAAAACAUAGUGAAAGUUGAUGAGGUGAAAAGAGAUAUAGAGAACAAAGUGCACGUGCAGCAGGCGAAUAUUCACUAUAAUCUCAGCACGCUCAAGGCAGAUACUGACACAAGACUCAAGAAGCUUCAAAAGAUACAGCAGUCCCAUUUCUUAGCUUUGAACAACAGCAUAGCAAACAUGAAAGAAGAGCAAAACCUUCUUGAAAAUAAACUGGAAGCUUUGAAAAAAAAUUUAACAGAACUCUCUUUACAUCAUGGUCCCAAAGAUGAAAACAGCCAGUUAACCAUCAAACAUAUGAAUGAAAUACUGUCAGGGCAUGCCAAGCAGCUUAAAGAACUUUACAUGGAGUCAGAUGUGGCCUUUCAGAAUAUUGCAGUUUUAGAGAGAUGGUUUAAGGAGUUAAAGAAAAACAUCUCAAAGUAUAGGCCAGAAGAUCUUACAAUAACUUUAGCUGAGAAAUCCGUUGUUAUGGAAGAAAACAACGCAGCAAUGGAAAGGCAGAUAGCAGAGCUCAACUACACUCUCUUGAACCUUCAGGAAAACUAUUCAGAUCUGCUGCGGUACAUGGAGGAAUGCAAUUGCCAGAGAGUAUCUACUGACACUGAUGUGCUGGAGGAAGAUCCAAGGAAUAGCACUUAUUCCCUUGAAGAUACCCAGCCAAAGGAUAUGAAGCACUUGGAGUCAGUUUUCAGAGAUUUCUUCAAGAGUGAAAUUGAAGAGCUCUCCUCAGCUAUUCCAUCCAUCCAUCUGUCUCUUAACCUCCGUCAAGAAGAGAACAGACAGCUUCAGUCACAGGUUAUGGCUUUUUCAGAAGACAUGGGCCUGCUGAAGAAGAAAGAUGAAGAAAUUCAUCGAUACAUCAAGUAUCUCAACAGCUCUUUUAGCUCUCUUUUGAAAGAUGCAAUGCGGCAUGAAGAAGCACUAGAGGCCCUACUGAGACACGAAUUUCUGGAUGUCUUUUUUGAAGAUGAUUUUAGUAGCCUAAUACCAUCAGUAUUUCAGCUGCAAGAAUCUCUCAGACACUUUUCAGAUAAACUGCAAGAACAAAAUGUGACUUUAGAAUCUCUUACCAGGAGAUUUCAUCCCUUGGAGAGAGGUCACCAGAAUCAUCAUGAUGCUGACAUGCCUCCUAAGCACCCUGAGGAGGAAACACAAACCUCCUCCACUCUACAUGAAGUCAGCAGUCAACGCAGCGUCAUAGAACACAUGGAACCUAACUAUGAGGCUGCCAAAGAUGACUCCUUGGAGAGCUCAGCUUACAAUGAUAUCAUGACUCUGAAGAAUGAUAUCAAACAUCUGAGCCUGGCAAUCAAGAGGCAUGAAUCCAGAGGUGACAUAAGUCUCUGCUGCAAUCAUACAAUAGCAAAUGCAAUUGAGCCACUCAACGUUUCUGUAGAAAUUCUCUCUGCAGAUUUAGCAACCAUCAAGCGGAAUUUGGAGGAACAUAUGGUGACUUUCAAAAAACUAUUUGGAAGUAAUGAAGAAUUAGGUGCCUCAAAUAUAAGUCUGGAUGUUACAAAGAUUCAGUCAAUGCUGCAGAAAAAAGGGAGAAGGCAACAGAAAGGUCAAGACAAGCAAAGAGACAAGAAAAGAUCUGAGAAGCACAGAGAAAAUACACAAACAAUAAGUGGAAGAAAUACAGUGCAGACAGAGUUUGUGGAAAAAGACUCAUUGGUGGCAUUCCACGUGGGAUUCUCAGAAAGAAAGGAUAAAGAAAAAACUGUGAGGUUUAAUGAAACGUACCUCAAUUAUGGAAACAGCUAUUUCUCUGAACAUGGCCACUUUAAAGCACCACACAAAGGUGUCUACCUGUUUGUCAUCUCUGUGGAGUUCAGUUCAGGACCAGCACUGGGACAACUCUCCUUCAGCCGUGGGUACAAAAGAACUCUCUCAAGCAGUCAGAGGAAAACCCCACAUGGAAACACCAUGACUACUUUUGCUAUAGCAGAAAUGGAGAAGGGGGAGACAGUGUGCUUUGAAUUGCUGCACGGCUCUGUAGUGAAGAGAAGCCCACCUGGGACAACUAUGGGGGGAUUCCUAAUAUCUAAAACUUGAAUAAUGACAUUUAUGUUUUAUUAAUCUCCUUCCAUAGAUGCAAUGGAUGCAUUCACUAUUGCUUCAUCUGUGAUGUAUUCAAUGCUACUGCAUGUGUUUAAACAUAGCACUACCCUAGGUUUGUCUUCAUGCUUCUUUUCUGGAAGUGUUUGGCUUUUGAUUAGUUGCUUAUGAGCAGCAAUGGGAUUUUCUUUCAAGUGAAAAGCUAAUGGUUUGGACUCCAGAAGUAUCAGCACAUACAUCCCCAAAUCCUUCCAAUGUGAGAACUGCACAUAAGUGUUUUGUGGGACUUUCUUCACUUUUAACACAAAUUUCUCCCUUCCCUUGGCAAAAGAAUAUCCUCUCAUGACAAAUACCCCCAAUCAGUGGCAAAGAAAAGAUUUUAGGUAGGACUGCACCCUCUCAUGUUAUGUGGAUGGUACCUUAAAACCCAGAAGCCAAGGGAAUUUUACCUUUUAGUUCUCUGUGGACCAGAGACUCUCUUGGAAACUUCUGCAACUCAUUCCAGUGUUUCAGUCUGUGCACAACAGGAACACUAGAAGAGAUCCAUCAAACCCAGUAAAAUUCACAAUAUUGCCAGCAUUUGCAAGCAAGGAUCUCCUAAAUGGUCCAGUCGUUGUUUCUUGGCCUGUAAUGUAUUUCAGCUACACUGCAAAAUUUUAAAGCAUUAAAAUUAAGAUGAAUUACAUUUACAUUUAGACAUCAGGAAAAUGUCAACAAUAUUUUAGAAGCAUUGGUGAAAAUGUAGUUUAUUUCUGAAGUUAAUCCUGGAGAGUAUCAUGAAUUCAGCCCAGAGUUCAGUAUUUAGUAAAUAUUUUAAAACCAAGUAAGCAAAACCAAAAUCAAAAGGUAAGCUCAUUGGUCUGUUGUCUCUGUUGAAUAUAAAUUUGUAAUUAGAGUAAAUCAAAGAGUAGAACUUCUGAAAUGUAGAGGGUUUUCUAUUUCUAAGACUUCAAAGUGACCAUGCCUGGUCAUGUCUUUAACUUUUCUUCUGUCAAAUAAAACUUUCCAAAGACUUUCACUCUAAAGAAGUUCAAGUAUUGUGGUGUUUUUAUCUAUCCUAAUACCUUACAUAGCAAUAUUAAAACAACUAAAUUUGCUAAAAUGAAAUGCACUUUGAAAUUUCCAGUAUUUUUCAUGAAGAUAAAUUAUUAUGCAAAUUGCACCCUUUUAGGGUAGCAUUUUUUAACAAAUCUAUUCUGCUGUUAAGAAUUUUCUCCCCACCUACCUGUAUUAUAAGCAAUACUAACCUAUCAUUAAUUAUUAAAAACCCCCAACACAUCGGUACCAACACACAAUGCACCUAAAGCAACAGUCUGACAAGCAGACAACACCUAUCUUCUGAAAUAAAGCAAAAAGUAAUUUCAGCUGA